UUGGCGGCGGCGGCGGCGGCGGCGCUCUGAGAAUCGGGGUUGGGGGGGGGGGGCUUUGUGCGCGGCGGCGGGAGCGGGUGGCGGCAGUAGCGGCGGCAGCGGCGGCAGCGGCGGCGGCUGGGACUCAGGCAGAGGUUGAGGGGCACUGUCCACCCACCAGUCGCUGCGAAGAGGCGUGUGCGACGGCCAACAGGAGCCCAGAGCUUCCCGCUGCCCCUGCCCGGCCGCCAGCCACAGGCUUCUCUCUCUGGCAACAGCAGCGGCGGUAGCAGCAGCAGCAGCAGCAGCAGCUGCGCGGCGAGCCCCCACCCUCCCGCCUCCCACCACCCCACCUCCCGCUGCUUUCCUCGUCUCAGCUCCUCGCCCGGCCCGGCCCGGCCGUGGCCCUCUUCUAUGCCGGCCGCCAUGGCAGAGGCAUCCGGCGCGGGAGAAAUCUAGCCCGGGGAUUUCAUGCGGCCUAGCUUGGUUCCGGCUCCUUCCCCCCGCGGCCCCGGCGGCCGCCCGCACCCCAGCCCCGCUCCGGGCCCUCCGUGUGUCUCCUGUCUCCUGUGAUCGUACUGACACACGGCCGGGGGGUUAGAAUGGAACAAACUGAAGGCCCGAUGAGAGAAAGGGAAAGUUAAGGAUGCUGGAGCAGAACAAUGGAUUUCUCUUUCUCUUUCAUGCAAGGGAUCAUGGGAAACACAAUUCAGCAACCACCUCAACUCAUUGACUCCGCCAACAUCCGUCAGGAGGAUGCCUUUGAUAACAACAGUGACAUUGUUGAAGAUGGUGGCCAAACACCGUAUGAAGCUACCUUGCAGCAAGGCUUUCCAUACCCACCUACAACAGAAGAUCUUCCUCCACUCACAAAUGGCUAUCCACCAUCAGUCAGUAUGUAUGAAACUCAAACCAAAUACCAGUCAUAUAAUCAGUAUCCCAAUGGGUCAGCCAAUGGCUUUGGUGCAGUUAGAAACUUUAGCCCCACUGACUAUUACCACUCAGAAAUUCCAAACACAAGACCACAUGAAAUUCUGGAAAAACCUUCGCCUCCACAGCCACCACCUCCUCCUUCGGUACCACAAACUGUGAUUCCAAAGAAGACUGGCUCUCCUGAAAUUAAACUAAAAAUAACCAAAACUAUCCAGAAUGGCAGGGAAUUGUUUGAGUCUUCUCUUUGUGGAGACCUUUUAAAUGAAGUACAGGCAAAUGAGCACACAAAGACAAAGCAUGAAAGCAGAAAAGAAAAAAGGAAAAAAAGCAACAAGCAUGACUCAUCUAGAUCUGAAGAGCGCAAGUCACACAAAAUCCCCAAAUUAGAACCAGAAGAACAAAAUAGACCAAAUGAGAGGAUUGAUACUGUUUCAGAAAAUCCAAGAGAAGAUCCAGUCAUAAAAGAGGAAACCCCAGUUCAGCCAAUCCUGUCUUCUGGUCCAACAACAGACGUGUCUGCUGGUGUUAUGUUCCAGGUUGGCGAUCUUGUUUGGUCUAAGGUGGGAACGUAUCCUUGGUGGCCUUGUAUGGUUUCAAGUGAUCCCCAGCUUGAAGUUCAUACCAAAAUUAACACAAGAGGUGCCCGGGAAUAUCAUGUUCAGUUUUUUAGCAACCAGCCAGAAAGGGCAUGGGUUCAUGAAAAGCGAGUACGAGAAUAUAAAGGUCAUAAACAGUAUGAAGAGUUAUUGGCUGAAGCAACCAAACAAGCCAGCAAUCACUCUGAGAAACAAAAGAUUCGAAAACCCCGACCUCAGAGAGAGCGUGCUCAAUGGGAUAUUGGCAUUGCCCAUGCAGAGAAAGCAUUGAAAAUGACCCGGGAAGAAAGAAUAGAACAGUAUACUUUUAUCUAUAUUGAUAAACAGCCUGAGGAAGCUCUAUCCCAAGCAAAAAAGAAUGUUGCCUCUAAAACUGAAGUUAAAAAAACCCGAAGACCAAGAUCAUUGCUGAGUUCUCAGCCAGAACAGACCAAUGCAGGUGAGGUGCCCACCUCACUAUCAAGUACUGAAAAUCGGAGACAAAGUCAGAGGCGGCACACCAGUGUAGAAGAGGAAGAAGCACCUCCUGUUAAAAUUGCCUGGAAAACAGCAGCAGCGAGGAAAUCCUUACCAGCUUCCAUUACAAUGCACAAAGGAAGCUUGGAUUUGCAGAAGUGUAACAUGUCUCCAGUUGUGAAAAUCGAACAAGUGUUUGCUCUUCAGAAUGCUACAGGAGAUGGGAAAUUUAUUGAUCAGUUUGUUUAUUCAACAAAGGGAAUUGGUAACAAAACGGAAAUAAGUGUCAGGGGACAAGACAGACUUGUAAUUUCUUCACCAAAUCAGAGAAAUGAAAAAACAACUCAGAAUGUAUCAUCUCCUGAAGCAACAUCUGGUUCUGCAGGCUCAGUAGAAAAGAAGCAACAAAGAAGAUCAGUUCGAACCCGUUCUGAGUCAGAGAAAUCCACUGAAGUUGUGCCAAAGAAGAAGAUCAAAAAGGAGCAGGUUGAAACAAUUCCUCAGGCUACAGUGAAGGCUGGAUUACAGAAAGGUGCCAGCGAGAUUUCAGAUUCCUGUAAGCCUCUAAAGAAAAGGAGUCGCGCCUCAACUGAUGUAGAAAUGAAUAGUUCAGCAUACAGAGACACAUCUGACUCCGAUUCUAGAGGACUGAGUGAUCUGCAGGUAGGCUUUGGAAAGCAAGUUGAUAGCCCUUCAGCUACUGCAGAUGCAGACAUUUCUGAUGUGCAGUCUGUGGAUUCAAGUUUUUCACGAAGAGGUGGAAUGAGUAAGAAGGACAUUGUCUGCCAGAUCUGUGAAAGCACUGGUGAUUCUCUUGUUCCUUGUGAGGGAGAAUGCUGCAAGUACUUUCACAUGGAGUGCCUGAGAUUGACAUCACUUCCCGAUGGAAGGUUUAUCUGCACAGAAUGUAAAACCGGACAGCACCCAUGUUUUUCUUGUAAGGUAGCUGGCACAGAUGUGAAGCGCUGUUCUGUUGGUGCUUGUGGGAAAUUUUAUCAUGAAGCCUGUGUCCGCAAAUUUCCUACUGCCAUCUUUGAAUCAAAAGGCUUCCGCUGUCCUCAGCACUGCUGCUCUGCCUGCUGUAUGGAGAAAGAUAUCCACAAAGCAAGUAAAGGUCGCAUGAUCAGGUGUUUGAGGUGUCCCGUAGCCUAUCACUCUGGAGAUGCUUGUAUCGCUGCUGGGAGCCUAUUUGUGUCCUCCUGCAUUCUCAUCUGUAGCAAUCAUUCCAAACGGAGCAGUAGUUCUUCAGCUGCUAUAAAUGUAGGCUUUUGUUUCGUUUGUGCACGAGGGCUGAUAGUUCAGGACCAUUCAGACCCCAUGUUCAGUUCAUAUGCCUAUAAAUCCCACUACCUACUGAAUGAAUCAAAUCGUGCAGAGUUGAUGAAAUUACCUAUGAUUCCUUCUUCGUCAGCUUCCAAAAAGAAAUAUGAGAAAGGUGGAAGAUUGCUCUGCUGUGAAUCAUGCCCAGCUUCCUUCCAUCCAGAAUGCCUAAGCAUAGAAAUGCCAGAAGGCUGCUGGAAUUGCAAUGACUGUAAAGCUGGCAAGAAGCUACAUUACAAGCAGAUUGUUUGGGUCAAAUUGGGAAAUUACAGGUGGUGGCCAGCAGAGAUCUGCAAUCCUAGGUCUGUGCCGCUGAAUAUCCAGGGCCUUAAACAUGACUUGGGAGACUUUCCUGUCUUCUUCUUCGGUUCUCAUGACUACUACUGGGUACAUCAGGGCAGAGUGUUCCCUUAUGUUGAAGGAGACAAAAACUUUGCUGAAGGACAGACUAGUAUUAAUAAAACCUUCAAAAAAGCACUUGAAGAAGCUGCAAAACGUUUCCAGGAGUUGAAAGCACAAAGAGAAAGUAAAGAAGCAUUAGAGAUCGAAAAAAACUCAAGAAAACCCCCUCCUUACAAACACAUCAAAGCUAACAAGGUUAUUGGAAAGGUCCAGAUCCAUGUUGCAGACCUGUCAGAGAUUCCCCGCUGCAACUGCAAGCCAGCUGAUGAGAACCCAUGUGGCUUGGAGUCAGAGUGCCUGAACAGAAUGUUGCAGUAUGAGUGUCACCCGCAGGUGUGUCCGGCUGGAGAUCGUUGCCAGAACCAGUGUUUUACAAAAAGGCUCUAUCCUGAUGCAGAAAUCAUCAAAACAGAGCGAAGAGGCUGGGGCCUUAGGACCAAAAGGACCAUUAAGAAGGGUGAAUUUGUAAAUGAAUACGUCGGUGAAUUAAUUGAUGAAGAAGAGUGCAGAUUGCGAAUUAAGCGGGCCAAUGAAAACAGUGUUACUAAUUUUUAUAUGUUAACCGUGACCAAGGAUCGUAUAAUUGAUGCUGGCCCGAAAGGAAAUUAUUCUCGCUUUAUGAACCACAGUUGUAAUCCAAACUGUGAAACACAAAAGUGGACAGUGAAUGGAGAUGUUCGAGUUGGACUUUUUGCUCUUUGUGAUAUUCCUGCAGGGAUGGAGUUAACAUUUAACUAUAACCUGGAUUGUCUCGGCAAUGGCAGGACAGUGUGCCACUGCGGGGCAGAGAAUUGCAGUGGCUUUCUAGGAGUGCGGCCAAAGUCGGCAUGUGCCUCAACAGUGGAAGAAAAGACAAAAAAUGCUAAGCUAAAGCAGAAGAGACGGAAAAUCAAAGCAGAACCAAAGCAGAUGCAUGAAGAUUACUGUUUUCAGUGUGGAGAUGGUGGUGAGCUGGUCAUGUGCGACAAAAAAGACUGUCCCAAAGCAUACCACCUCCUUUGCCUUAACCUGACACAGCCACCCUAUGGAAAGUGGGAAUGCCCAUGGCAUCAGUGCAAUGAGUGCAGCAGUGCAGCUGUCUCCUUCUGUGAGUUCUGUCCACGUUCAUUUUGUAAAGAUCAUGACAAGGGGGCACUGGUUCCUUCAGCACUGGAAGGUCGGCUCUGCUGCUCUGAACAUGACCCCACAGCUCCCGUGUCACCAGAGUACUGGAGCAAGAUCAAAUGUAAAUUGGAGUCACAGGAUCAUGGAGAAGAAAUGAAAGAAUAAAUGGGUGGUGAUUUCCUUUUUUUUUUUUAAUUGAAAAAAGGAAAAGAAAAAAGCAAAUUAAUAAUGCAUUAAUUUAAAAAAGAGACUGCUGCAGUGCAUACAGCCUUUGCCAUCAGUACUGCCUUAUUAAAGUGGAAAUGGGCAACUACAGAGCAUAUAGGCAGAAGCCACUGUUUUGUUUUGUUUUGUUGGCUUAGGGGUUUUUUUCUGGUGGGUUGAAUCCCCUUGGUCUUUUCUUGCCUUUUAUUGUGCUUCAAUGCCUUUGCAGCUAGAAGAAAAGAUGGAUUCACUUUUAAAGUAAGAACAGAGAGAGAGAAAAAAAAAAGGUUUUUUUAAUGAGAUAAAUUUAAAGUCUAGAAUGUGUUCCUUGAGUGUGAAAACAUUGCCAUCAUUCCUUUAUUUAUUCUCAUUUUUUUAAGAUUUUGAGGUGUAGUUCAGAUAGGUGUGUGUGUGUGUGUGUCUGUGUGUGUGUGUGUACAUGCUCUAAGCAGGAAUUGGAGAAAGCUCUCUAGAAAAGGAUAUGAUGGUUGUUACCUCUUAACUGACCUGUAAGUAGGCUAACUUCUCUCUCCCUUCAAAAUGUGUUUCAUAGGUCUUAGAGAAAAAUUCAUUAGAAGUAUUUAAUCUGGCU